ACACAAACAAAUAACCCUAGAAGAGAAACCCUGUGUUUCUUCUCUUUCACUCUCAUUCGCCAUUACUUACAACACAUACAUACGUAAGUGAUUGUUUUCACAUUCACAUUAAUUCAAGGGCUGAAAUAUUUGUUCUCUCCUUCCUUCACCGCCGCUCUAUCGUUUCCGAACAAUCACUUUUUCUCGCCACUCCUAACCCAAUCGCAAUCGGCGUUUUUCUUUCCCUUGCGUCGCAGAUUCUCUGCGUUGCCGUCAGAUUCACUUAGGUUCUGUGAUUCCAACGCGGCGCCGUUUCCACUCAUACUCGCGGGAGAAGAGAAAACCCUAAUCGGACAUGGGGAGGAAGAAGCCGACUGCGAGGGACGAGGAGAACGCCUCGCAGCAAGGCGGUGGCGGGAAAUCUAAGAAGAAGGCCGUGGUCAUCGACGACGAUGAGUAUUCCAUUGGAACAGAGCUCUCUGAGGAGCCGGCGCUGGAAGAGAAACCCGCUGCGGCGGGAAAGAAGAAAAGUAAGAAAGGCAAUGCUAAAAGUAAGAGUAACGAUGAUGAUGUUGACGAUGAUGAAGAUGUGCCUGAAGUUGUGUUUGCUGGGAAGAAGAAGGGGAAAAACAAGAAAGGCGGUGGGAGCACUGCGUUUACUGCAUCUGGCUUUAGUUUGCUUGGUGACGAGGAAGGUGACGAAGAAGAUAAGUCUGAAGAGGAUGGACCUGCGGUUAGUUUUUCGGGUAAGAAGGCAUCGAACAAAGGAGGUGGUAGUUUGUUCAAUGCAUCGGCUUUUGAUGCUAUCGACGAUGAUGCUGGUGGUGAGGAGGAGGAGGAGGAGGAUGAGCCGGUGGUUAGCUUUACUGGAAAGAAAAAGUCCUCGAAGGUUUCGAAGAAAAGCGGUGGUAGUUUGUUCGCUGCCUCGGCUUUUGAUGCCAUUGAUGAUGGUGGGGAUGGUGAGGUGGCAGAUGAUAAGAAUAAUGAUUUUGAUGACGAUGAACCUGUUAUUACUUUCACGGGGAAGAAGAAGUCCUCGAAAGGCAGUAAGAAGGGUGGUGCUGUGUUUUCUGCCUCUGUUCUCACUGAAAUCGAUGAUGAUGAGGAGAAGGAGGAUGGUGGUGGUGAUGAUGACGAUGACAUUGGACCAAUUACUUUCUCUGGCAAGAAGAAGAAGUCUUCCAAGAAAGCUGCAAGUUCCGGUGGCAAAGCUGUUUCUGUUGAGGAUGAUGUUUCUGUACCCGAGUUUGGUAAGGAUGGUGAUGACAUGGAUGAGGAUGAUGUUUCUUUAGUUUCGUUUUCAGGUAAAAAGAAGUCCUCUAAAAAGAAGGGCAGUAGCACUGCUGCCAAAGGGAGUGAGGAAAAUGCGGAUGUAGUUGAGCCUGAGGCACCCACUAUUGGUAGUGCUGAUGCUAGCAACAGCAAUGUAAAUAAGAGUGAAGGAGUUGCUGAAACUUCCAAAAACAAGAAGAAGAAUAAGAAAAAGAGUGGGAGAACUGCUCAAGAGGAGGAAGAUUUGGAUAAGCUUCUUGCAGAGCUCGGUGAGGCUCCUAUACCAAAACCAACUGCUUCUGCACCACAGGAUGAUAAAGUUCAGCCUACUCCUGAAGUAGGUCCUGCUGCUGCUGAUGCUUCUGGGGAAAAGGAGGGUGAAGAGGAGGUGGUAGAAUCAGCUGCUGCAAAGAAGAAAAAGAAGAAAAAGGAAAAGGAAAAGGAAAAGAAGGCAGCUGCCGCUGCCGCAGCAGCAGCAGGAAGUGCACCAGAAAAAGAAUUAGCUGAAGUUAAAGCUGAGGCAAUUGAACCAAAGAAGAAUGACUCAAAGGCUAAGGCAGCUGAUAAGAAAGUGCCAAAGCAUGUUAGAGAGAUGCAAGAGGCACUAGCUCGAAGAAAAGAGGCUGAAGAAAAGAAGAAACGAGAAGAGGAAGAGAGGUUAAAGAAGGAAGAAGAGGAGCGACGCAGGCAAGAGGAACUUGAGAGACAGGCAGAAGAAGCUAAACGCAGAAAGAAGGAAAGAGAAAACGAAAAAAGACAGAAAAAAAAGCAAGAAGGUAAAUUAUUAACUGGUAAGCAGAAGGAAGAAGCACGUCGUUUGGAGGCAAUGAGGAGGCAGAUUCUCAAUAGCACUGGGGGUCUGACUCUCCCUUCUGGGGACUCUGGUGCUCCAGCUAAAAAACCCAUAUACCAGACAAAGAAGGCAAAACCAAAUAAUAGAAAUCAGAAUGGUGCUGCUGCUCAGACAGCUGAAAUUGUCGAAGCGAAGGAGACUGCUACUGAUGUAGUUUCUGAGGAACCAGUGAAUAUUGAAGAAGUGGAGUCGAUUCAGGUGGAUGAUAAAGUUGAACUUCCUGUCACUGCCGAAGAUGAUGUGGUGGAAGACGAAGAAGAUGAUGAAUGGGAUGCAAAAAGCUGGGAUGAUGUUAAUCUGAAUGCCAAAGGUGCAUUUGCAGACGAAGAGGCUGACUCCGAACCUAAACCUGUUAUCAAAAAGGAGAUUAAAAAUGCCAUGCCUAUUCAGAAUGCCGGGGCUGCUAGUGCAACUGUUUCUGGGCCCGUGACCGUUGAAACUGAAAAUGGAAAGCAAGCUAAUGACAGAAAUAAGAAGCAAGAUUCUGAUUUGAAUAGGUCAAAAAAAUCUGCUACCCCUCCUCAGCCUAAUGAUGAAAACCUCCGCUCCCCAAUUUGCUGUAUCAUGGGGCACGUGGAUACUGGGAAGACUAAGCUGUUGGAUUGUAUUCGUGGUACUAAUGUUCAGGAGGGUGAGGCUGGAGGUAUCACACAACAGAUUGGAGCAACAUACUUUCCUGCUGAGAACAUACGUGAAAGAACAAAGGAACUGAAAGCUGAUGCCAAGCUGAAAGUUCCUGGUCUACUGGUUAUUGACACCCCUGGGCACGAGUCAUUUACUAACUUGAGGUCUCGGGGUUCAGGCCUAUGUGAUAUUGCAAUUUUGGUUGUUGACAUUAUGCAUGGGUUAGAGCAACAAACAAUAGAGUCACUAAAUCUAUUAAAAAUGAGGAAUACAGAAUUCAUUGUUGCCUUAAAUAAGGUUGACAGGCUUUAUGGAUGGAAAACAUGUCGCAAUUCCCCAAUUGUCAAAGCACUGAAGCAGCAGACUAAAGAUGUUCAAAAUGAGUUCAAUAUGAGGCUCACUCAGAUUGUUACUCAAUUCAAAGAACAAGGGAUGAAUACUGAGUUGUACUAUAAAAACAAAGAAAUGGGAGAAACAUUCAGCAUUGUGCCUACAAGUGCAAUAAGUGGCGAAGGAAUUCCCGAUUUGUUAUUACUUUUGGUUCAAUGGACCCAAAAAACAAUGGUUGAGAAACUUACGUACAGUGAAGAAGUGCAGUGUACUGUUUUAGAGGUUAAGGUUGUUGAAGGCCAUGGAACUACUAUUGAUGUUGUUUUAGUUAAUGGUGUUCUUCAUGAAGGAGAACAAAUAGUUGUCUGUGGAAUGCAGGGUCCAAUUGUUACCACAAUUCGAGCUUUAUUGACUCCUCAUCCAAUGAAGGAACUUCGCGUCAAGGGAACAUAUCUUCAUCACAAAGAAAUCAAAGCUGCAAUGGGUAUAAAAAUCACUGCCCAGGGCCUUGAGCAUGCCAUUGCUGGCACUGGUUUAUAUGUGGUGAAGCCUGAUGAUGAUUUGGAAGAUAUCAAAGAAGCAGCAAUGGAAGAUAUGCGAUCAGUUAUGAGCAGGAUUGACAGGACUGGUGAAGGUGUUUGUGUACAGGCAUCUACCCUUGGUUCCUUAGAAGCAUUACUGGAGUUUCUGAAAACUCCAGAAGUUAGUAUCCCUGUUAGUGGUAUAAGCAUUGGUCCUGUUCACAAAAAAGAUGUAAUGAAGGCCAGUGUAAUGCUUGAAAAAAAGCGAGAGUAUGCAGCAAUAUUGGCAUUUGAUGUCAAAGUUACACCUGAGGCUAGGGAACUGGCAGAUGAAUUGGGUGUGAAGAUAUUUAUUGCUGAUAUCAUUUAUCAUCUGUUUGAUCAAUUUAAAGCGUAUAUUGACAACAUUAAAGAGGAGAAAAAGAAAGAAGCUGCUGAUGAGGCAGUCUUCCCAUGCGUUUUUAAAAUCUUACCAAAUUGCAUUUUCAACAAGAAGGACCCAAUUGUUUUGGGAGUUGAUAUUCUUGAAGGCAUUGCAAAGAUUGGGACUCCAAUUUGCAUUCCUUCCAGAGAGUUCAUUGAUAUUGGCCGCAUUGCCUCCAUUGAAAAUAACCACAAACCUGUUGAUUAUGCCAAGAAGGGGCAGAAAGUAGCCAUUAAGAUUGUUGGCAGCAAUCCUGAAGAGCAACAAAAAAUGUUUGGGAGACAUUUUGAGAUCGACGAUGAACUUGUAAGCCAUAUUUCACGGAGAUCUAUUGAUAUUCUCAAAGCUAAUUAUCGGGAUGAUCUAUCUAUGGAGGAAUGGAGGUUGGUUGUGAAAUUGAAGAAUCUUUUCAAGAUACAAUGAGUAGACUUAAUGCGUGGACACUCAAGUAUUCAUUUCAGAAAAGCAAGGUUUUGGCGAAUGUUUGGCUUUAUGCAACGCUUUGAAGGAAUUGCUGAGGAUGCGGUGGGAUUCCCCAUGGAGACCAGUGGAUGAUACGAAGAUUCAGGUGGAUGGCGCUGUCAUGGAGAGGCUAAAUGUAACAGACGAGACUCCAAUGCUUUGUCAGGUGGGAAGCUCAGAUAAAAAGGGUGCAGAAAGGGUAACUGGCAAGGUCCAAAUUUUGUGAAUUACUAUCAUAUUUAUAUACAUAUCUGUGGUAUACAUGGAAACAAAUAAGGUUUCUAAAUGCAGUUCAGUGAGGAAAAGGAAAAUUUUUCGGGAGUAAUCAUUGAUUUGACUAAAAUUGAUAACUUUUGCUUUACGAGUGUAGUUGUGUACGAUUUUUUUACAUUUGUAGCCAUAGGCACUUUAUUUUUCGUGAGUUAUAUAUCCUUUUGGUGUUCCAUAUACCAAGCAUUUGGAUGUGGAAAUUGGUAUUAAGGGAAAAGAUCAACUAAGCCACGUGAAGUCUGAAAUUUAUGUGUUUGGGCAUAUUGACACGGCUGAAGGAUAGCAUGAGAUAGCCAGCCAUAUCUCCCACCCGGGGAAAGUAUAUUAGAACCGUCAGAUUUACUUAUUUUCAAAUCAAUGAUAUAGAAUUUGUCUUUGUUUU